AUGUGAGAAAUGGUUUCGCCUGUUUUUGUCCUCGCUUCCAGCUCAGCUGGGGUAACGAAGGACCUUUAAACAGAGAGACGAGCUGUACUCAGACGAAUCCUCUUUCACAGCUGAGCUAUUUUUGCUGUCAGGCUCUCAUUUUCCAGAGACGUGAAUGAGCUGUGUCCCAAGAUGCCUCUGAAAGAUGAGGGGCCUUCCUCCACAUCCAGUGGUGACGAUCAGGGCAGCGAUGUGGAGUCUUCAUCCGAGCGCUGUGACAGCACAACUUCAGCCAGCGACCUGGACUGUUCCCGCGAAAGCUUUACCAGUGACUGCUCCAGCAAACAGUGCUCCCCCUCCUCAAGCCCGCCCAAAACCUUGACCCUGGAUGAGGUCAUGGAGUCUGCCAAAGACCUGUCCAAUCUCAGCCUCGCCCAUGAGAUCACUGUGAACCCUAACUUCCGCCUGGAGCUGAACAGCCUACCUCAGGACAGUUUAUGGAAGUUAGUGAGAGAUAAUGUCCACAAGGCCUUCUGGGACAUCCUUGAGUCAGAGCUGAACGACGACCCACCAGAGUACGGGCAAGCCAUCAAAUUAUUGGAGGAGAUCAGAGGGAUCUUACUGUCAUUCCUUAUUCCUGGAAACAACCGGAUGAGGACCCAGAUCACAGAGGUGCUGGACAUGGACCUGAUUCGUCAGCAGGCUGACAACGACGCUGUAGACAUCCAAGGACUUGCUUCUUUCAUCAUCGCCACCAUGGGGAAGUUUUGUGCCCCAGUGAGGGAUGAGGAAAUCAGGAAGCUCCGUGAAAGCACAGAUAACAUUGUGACGCUGUUCAGGGAGAUCUUCCGUGUUCUGGACCUGAUGAAGGCGGACAUGGUCAACCUUACAAUCAAUAAUCUGAGGACUGUGUUGCACAGGAAUGGUGUCGAAUACGAGAGGGCAACUUUUCAGAGCAUCGUGGACAAAACACCCAGUGCAUUGGAGCACACCACCUCCUGGAUUAAGUCUGCACUGGAGGAACUGCAGUUGGCUGCCGUCCCCACAAAACAAAGCAAAGGCCAGCGAGUUGUGCCCGGGCCCUUUCAGGUCAUCAACACUGCCUUCCUCAGCCUCCUCACAUGGGACGACGGCAUGAAGCCUCUACCUGAGACGUUGAUGACUGACGAGACACGUCUGCGAGAGAUUCAGUGGCAGCUGCAGCGAGUUCAAGCUGUGAACGAGGUGCUGCUUAUCGUCUACAGCACUGUCGGAGGACCUAUCCAGGGCCUGUCCUCCCUGUCCGACCGUCUGAAGAAGAUGACGAGUGUGCUGCUGGAAGGGAUGCACAGCACGAGCUUUAAGCUUGAGGAGGCACUAGAGGGCGUCAGUGCUCAAAUCUGCUGUGAGCUCAACAAGUCUUUAACAGAGAGGGGCUAUCCUGCACUAACCCCAGCUCUGCAAGACGCACUGAAAGGCCAGAUCUGCAGCAUCACUCAGAAAGACAACCCAAUCCGCACUCUUGUUGAGGACCGUGUGCUGCAGUACUUCAUGGCACUCAUUUUCGCACCUAAACCCGAGCUCAAACUUGAACAGGUACCAGCCGGCCUGACUGCCAUCAAACCCGAACUCGUGUUGAUCGGAGCGAAAUUCAACUCCUUGGUUGACUACAAUAAAAUGGUCUACGGACCUUUCUACGCCGAUAUCAUCAGGAAGCUGUUGUUCAGCGACAGCCCACCAGCAGCAAACCCUCCUCAGGACCCCCCUCAAGACCCGGUCACCUCCAAAUAAAAACAAACUUUGGCUCAUGCAGCCUGAGGAGUCUCUUUGCUUGUAGCCUUAGCUAAAGGUCGUAGGUACUACAACAGCUAGUCAGUACUACUGCUUUGCUAAGCCAGCGUGCCCCAACAGUUGGGGUCACUUUUAACGUAUUACUUUUGUAGUUUUUAUCACUACAUUAAGCAGUGAAGGCGCUGCAGUAAAGGCAUCACAGGGUUGACAUUUAAUGUCUGCAUACUUUGUUGUAGAUGCUUUUUAAUAUGUUGAAUAUUUACACAUUUACAGCUACAAACCAGAAAACCAGUGUUACCAACGAUACAUUGCUGGACCUAAUAGUGAUCCCUAACUAUUUGAUGAGUCAGCAGUAACAUUUAUGUUAUUGUGGAAAGAGAAAGGGCAAACUCUAGUGUGUCUGAAACCUACAAGAAGCUUUAUCGAGCAAAGAGGAAGAAGAAGAAAUAUUUAGAGAAGUAGCAGAGUAGCAUAACAGAUCUUUACAUUCAAUAUGUUAUUUAUCUAAAGUAGCUUUAAGGCAAAACUACAGUUAACUAUGACCACCUUUAAGAACAUUUAUGCAAACCAUGAGAUAGCCUUUUUUGUCCCAUGGUAGAAGCCCUUUGUUUGUGAAGCCCUUUAACUUUUGUAACCAGCCAGAGAACUAAACUUUGUGUUCUGUUUAAUCCACUGAUGUUACUCUCCAGCAAAAGAAGUCAAGAUGUUUGACCUUACAAAGGAGGAAAUGACCGUUGCAUGAGUAGCUUUGUGUAGGUGUUUUUUGUUUUUACUUGAUUUGUUUGAGUAUUUGUCACAUGAUGUACGUCCUAUACUUGUACUUACUUGCUGCCAGUGGAUUACUUUUUAUUUUGAUUGAGUUAUUAUGUUUGUUAAAAUUUUAAGGGUACUGUAAUUGUUACAGUAUCGCUGUGUUGGCUGUUAGAACCUGUGGGGACAUGAGGUGCUGAACCUAAAAGUUGUAUUGACACAUUUCCAGCAGACUGAUUGAUGUGGGAGGGGAAAGCAAUUGUGUACUUGUAUAGAAGUUUACAUGAAAAUGUGGGAAGCUAUUGUUCUUCUUUUCUGUACUGCAAUUAUUAUAAAAAAAAGAUUAAAAAGAGAAUUUAACAUGUUA